AUGUUCGGCUCCAGCAAUCGAAACGAUGGCUUCGAAUAUUUUGCGGGAAGAGGCGGUAAUCCCUCCAGCCAGAACCUAGGACCGGUUAUGCUUAACCCAUUCCAAGCCAAUAAUCCUGCUCCAGCUUUAAAGACAACUUUUGGGCAUGAUCUUCGGUCUCGAAGCCAGCCACCGCUUCCUCCAGGUGGCAUAAUGGGAAAUCCAGGAAGCAAAUUCGGUAGUCAUGUACCUUUUUCAGCUGGAAAUUUAGUAGGACAACCUUCAUCACUAUCGGGAGAGUUUGGUGGAGUAUCAACAAACGACGUAUUUUUCGAACGGGUAUGCAACAGCGUGGACAAGGUGCACACUGAUACUCUUAGGUCAUUUAAUUCGACAACCUCGAGAAAUAAUAGUUUGCAGCAUUUCUCCUCGUCGGCAAGUACACCCACAGUGUUUGGUUUUGCGUCAAACGGUAACAAACAACCUGCGAAUCAAAGAUUUGGUCGGAACGAAGCAAAAUUUGGUAAAAGUACGAACUUUUCGAAUCAAAACUUAAAUACGGGGCAGACAGUAUUCGGUACAUCAAAACACAGACGAGAUACUCUUUUUCACGAUUCGAGUGGCAAACUUGGCAAUCUAAAUGCACAAGCACCAAUGGGGGCUCAUGUGCAACAGAAACCAAUUGCCUCUCAUUCGUUAUCGUCCAUGCAUGCAGAUAAUCCAUUCGCAUCUCCAGCUUGCGUUGAUGGAACCACAAAUAAAUUGGAUUUUCGUACAACUUUCGGCGGUGGAUCCGGGACAACAAGCUCUAUUUCUUUUCCAUCCUUUGGAAAUCCUUCCAAUUUUAAUGGUGCGGUCAAUACCACUGCAUUUGGUCAUAAACGACGAAAUUCUAAGGUGCAAUCGGGCGCAGCUCCAGUCGUAAAGUCGGAAAAGAAUUUAGCACUUUUGGAUGGGCAAAUGGCUGGCUUGGGAAAGCUACCUCGUCAUAAAGGUAGACUUGCUGAAGACUCUGGAGAGGUCUCAAUUGCGCAUCCUUCUGAUAAACAUAGUCAUGUUAAUGAUAGCGUCAAGCCUUUAGGGGGUGGGGAUGGUUUGAUGGGUACCAGGGCACCAAUGCCGAGCGCAACGAAAGAAAAGCUUAGAAAGCAACGGCACAAUCGACUAAAGAAGAAAGCGCCAAGUACGAGCGAUGAUUCAUUUAUUCCGAUGCCGUCCGACUUUUCUACUUUAAAAAACGAAGGUAGUUGCAAAGCCGAGCUGGCAGCUGCUACUAAUUUGGACGGUCAAUGUGCUGAGAUGUGUAGCCAAGCAGAACGGGAGUUGCAUAUUCGUGUGGAUGAAUUAAGUGUGUUUGAAAAAAGUUUCCCUGAUCGGCCUGGUACCGAGCGUGAUAUGAUAAUCAAGCGAUUUCAGCGGAGUUCGGCCGAUCAUAAGCUGGAUAUAUCGGAGGAGAUUCGACCACCCGGUGUUCUUCGACGUACGCAAUUGUAUAUUGAACAAGCUAUCAUGGAUCUUGAUCAGUGUGGCAUAGAUCCUCGGUUUCAGACGCCUCGAGUGCCGGAGCCUAUUGAAUUAUACAAUUUUUGCUGGGAUCGCUUUCGAAUGAUUCGCAAGGAUUUUGUUUUGCAAAACUAUCGCGGUGCAGGGGGUCGAGUGCACCCUAUCGUGCUUGACGUUCACGAGCGUAUCGCACGUUAUCACAUUCUUAGUGAGCAUGAACUGAUUGAGACUCCAAGCUUCGUAGCUCAACAAAAUAUGGAGCAGCUUGGGCAGACGCUCAAGUCCCUGAACGAACUUUAUGAUGAGAGCCACAAGAUAAGCAAUCCAGCUUACUGUAGUCCAUUUGAGGCCGAAUUUCGUGCGUAUUUUAUCCUUUGCACUCUGGACAAUGGUCGAGGUAUGGACGUAUUGAAGUAUGUGAAGAAUUUGCCAGUUCAUAUCAUGGAAAGUGUUCACCUAAAUUUUGCGAUGCGAGUCUUCGUUGCGCGACAUACGGGGGACUAUUACCAGUUUUUCUCACUUCUUCGGCAAGCAACUUAUCUGCAGUCGUGUUUGCUCUUUCGGUAUAUUUCAAACGUUCGGUCAUCAGCUUUGCUUCGUAUGAAUCGGGCUUAUCGUAGUCAAUCAUAUCCACUAGAAGAUUUAGUGGAGCAGCUCUGCUUUGAUGAUAUUGAUCACGCGUAUUCUGUAUGCCGAGAGCAUCGAUUACAGCUAUCUGGGAGCCCUGGUUCAGGCGAUGACACUGUCAUAACUGUCAAGUUCGGGGGCGAGUUCGAAACAGACGCUCAGUUGCGACGAAACAAUACGCCGCUGAAGACUCGCAGCUCAAAAAUUUAUGUGGGAAUGAAGCAAGGCAAUAAUUUGCGACGUGAUAUCUGCCGGGGUGUUACUGAAUAUGCUCGAAAUGAAUAUCCUGCCUUAAGCAAGCUUAUUCAAGAUCUUGAACGAGAAGAACAGGCAAAACUGUAUCCAGAAAAGCCUCCGUAUGCAGACGACUAUUCAUUUUUUGUCAACUGUAAUCAAGGAGCCUCAAAACCUGCCUCAGUGAGCUCUCGUGCCAACAUGCCAUCCAGUCAACAAAUACUAAAAAAGGUUGAACUGGAUGCAAUCGCAGAGAGGAAGAAAGAGCUUGAGCGUAAGAAGUUGGCAAUGCUAGAGCGUAUGCAUGAGCUGGAAAGGGUAAAAGAGAAAAAAACGCAGCGUCAGCAAGCAAUAAAUGUUGCCGGUGACCAAACUGCGCUGCGUCAAGUGCAUAGUAAUGUGGAAGCUACCGCUUUGAGUCAGGAUGAAGAAGAUUCAAAGCAAUUUCAAAAAGCUUAUGAAGCUCAGCUGCGCGAUCAGGAAAAGCAGCAAAAAGAAAAGGAUUUGCGCAAAAAAGCUGAAGAGGCAGCUCAGGAAGCAAGGAGAAAACAAGAAAUAGCUUUGCAACGAGCAGAGGCUUUGCGGCAAAAGGCUAUUGAAGAAGAGCGUCGUGAAAAAGAAAAAAAAAUGCAAGAAGAGGCUUUCCAGAAUGCGGUAAAGGAGCGCGAACGACGUCGACAGCAAGAAGCUGCAGAAGCUCGUGCACGUGAAGCUCGAGUGGCUGCUUUUGAAGCGCAAAGACAAACGCAGUUGGCCAAAGAGCGAGAUGAAAAGAAAAGAUUGCGCCGCGAAGAGAAGCAACGACUAGCGGUGAUGAAGCUGAGGCUUUAUAUGUGGAAGAAUUAUGUGCAAGCGUCACGCGACGGUCCUGGGCCUAUCUCAAUAGCGUCAAGGCUCCAACUUCUACAGCCUCAUCAAAGGGCAAAAGACAGUAUGCAGUGGCUAUUUCUAAAUUCACCAAUUCCUUUGAUUGGAACGAAGCGACUGAAGCCGAUACCAAAGGCUGAAGAGCCAGUGUCAUUCUCAACAGCAGAACUGUUAUCACUCUGGCAAACGGAAGAUAUUCUAAAACUGGUCGGUCCCUGUAUUCGUAGGCAAAAUAUUGGAGCUUCUUAUGUCGCGUGGAAGCUUGUGAUUGCUGACCUAUUGGAAAAUGCCUCGUCAUCUUUUGGUUUGUGGUGUGCGGUCAGAGCAGGAGCACAGGAUGUUUCAACACCUGAACGCGAUUGUUAUCGCUUGUAUUGUUCGAGCAGUGAUGUAUCACAAGGCGUUGCUGUAUGUAGUCGAUAUCUUGAUUCGACAUUUACCCACCGGAACACGCGCGAAAGACAACAGUACAAGCUUGCUGCAACAUCAGCAAUCUUACUUCCUGUUGAUCUUAGUACACUACAGCAAGCUGGUAAUGUUGCUAGCUACGAAAAACAGAUUGUGGAUCUGUUGUCGCUGCUGGAUACUGGAUGUCGUGUAACUGUUUUUGGUGUCGGAUUCGCUUCGGUCGAAAUAAAGUCGUCGGCAGCACAACUAUUGCGCGUUUUCAAAAGCUGUAUAGAAAGCGCGCAGCUGCGGUUUCAGGCGCAGGUAGGUUACGUCAGUGUCGAGCUCGUUGAUUCAGGAUGCUUUCUUUCGCUCAAGUUCAGCCAAGUUCUUAAAAGGGUAGCAGAAUUGUCUCCCCCCUUUCCUCAUAUAGACAGCGUUGGCAUGAAGGAGAUUUUAGAGGAUACUACCGAUGCUGUAUUGAACCGAUUGGAGUCGUCAAUAAAUACUCAAAGUAGAAUUUGUGCUUUCUUUCCCCGCGUGCAUCAAGAUUUGUUAUCAUCUGGAAUUAUGGACUUUGUAUAUAUACCACCGGAGAUGAAAUGUGCUUUUAUGGAUCCUCAGCAUGGUUGGAAUUUUCAAGAACGAAGAGACAAGAUACAAACUGUUUUAACAGCUCUUGAAGAAACUCGCAUCGUCGCUGAGACUUCUCCUGUGGACCGUGACCAGACUUGCGACGUUUACUUUAAGAAAGUAGAAGAAUUUAUCGAUCAAUUAUUCCUGUCAAAUGUAGCAGCCACAUCAGUAUCGACGUAUGAGCUAAAAAAACGAAUUUACUCCGUAAUUCUCCCGAUUCACGAGCAAUUAGUUGAAAGUGGCAUGACAGAGAAGGUAACACCUCGAGAAGCAGACGAAUUGCUGCCAUGGCGAGCAAUUUUCAAAGAGAUCUAUAUGACUUAUUUCGAAACGAUAAGCGACAUCACUAUAUACUACCCAACGAGCAGGCGAAUUGGCUCGAGCCUUGUAGAUUUUGCGCGCUUGUUGACUUCAAAACAGUGGCUGGAUCCAAGUCCAAGCAUCAAGCGGGAUUAUCCUGUUGUGAAGCAGUCAGUGCCAGUCACGAGACAGAGCAUACAAAAAAGUUUUGGGACGAUACGAGCAGUCAGCGAGUACAAAAUGGUCGGCACGAUAAAGCGCCUUCGAGUUGAGCUUGAAAAAGAGCGUGCUGCUUCGUCGCAAUAUCAGCGGAUGCUUCGCCAGGCCUUAAAUCAAGUUAUUGGAUUUAUAAUUGAUCAGCACUGCAACUCGGCUAAUACAAACAUUUUUGUUCAACUUGGCUCGGCGACGCUCCGGUUCGUUGACUACACGAGUCUGCUGCAUCUUGAGACAGUGAGUCGUCGUUUGAGGGAUACAAUCGUCAUUUGUGAAUCUUGGCGAGGGCUGGCACAGAACGCAACGUUGUUUGCUGAUGAUAGCAGCACCCGAAGCUCCGCAGAUUGGAAGCGUCUAACGCUACUGACAUAUUAUUCUGUGAGCGAGGAGUUGUCAAUGCUGAGUCAAGUUCGAGAUUAUUCCUCAGUGGAUCACGCGAACGAGUCAGCUGACAAUACGCUGACGAGAUCACAUUGUGGUAUUGGAAUUGCUCUGCUCUCUAAUACAGUUGUAGCAGAUGACCCUUCGGCUUUCGAAGCCAUCGCCAAGAGGCUCCAACUGGAAUGUGGAUGUGCUAGAGGACGACCUUGUUACUGGAGCAGUGCGUCAACGUGGGGAUAUUUAACGACGGAUUAUCUUGACUAUGCGUUGCAGGAAAAUUGCUUGGUGAACAGUGUGCAGAUUGUGCCGUACCGAGUGUUUUGGUAUCCUGGCAGUCCCACGUAUUCUCCGAAACGAGUAUCAUUUGCAUUUUAUGAAGUGGCAAAGGAUGGAUCUGUCAACAAUCUGGUUUAUGAGUCUAUGGUGAUGAGUAUUGUCAAGGAUAUGAAGAUGCAAACAUUCGAGCUGCCGUUGAGAGUGUUUCUUUUUCGAGGCGUUUUACGACUAAAAUUGUACGACAGACAGGAGGAUAUCGGUGUUGAUGUGGCUCGAUGGAUGCAGGAAAAUGACUUGCCCCCUUACUAUACGUGCUUGAGUUAUGUGGGUGUCACUGGGCGAAUUUUGUUUCUCUGUUGA